GGGCAAAAUGGCCGAGGUGGAUAUCGGUGAGCACUGUCAGGUUGAAACCUGUAGCCAGAAAGAUUUUCUGCCAUUUGUGUGCGAUGCAUGUUCAGGCGUUUUUUGCGUGGAGCACAGGAGCCGCGGGUCUCAUUCUUGUACGGAGGUACCGGCAGCGCUGGACGCCUUUCACGAUUCCAGGGGGCAGCGUUGCAGGCAGCCAGUGUCCCGCGGUUAUGUCCCGUCUCUAUUGACAUGACACCCAUUAGUGUGCCCAGGUUGACCUCUUGCGAUAAUAUUUUUCAGUUGUUCCCCAAUCCACAUCCGAUCAGGCUGACCUUACAGAGUAGUACUGGAUAUGUUUUUGGACGGGGGAGUAGGCGGAAUACAUCCAGAAUAUGCAACCUAAACACAGGCAGAGACUCGAACCCUGUCUACAGGGGUGUGAGACUGUAGUCUACCCUGUGCCGCCCCUACUCCACCACUAAACAACAUAGGUUGUAUUACUCUGUUUCAAAUCUGUUUUGGAUCAUUUAGCCAAUAAUUAAUAACAUCCACCUGUCGUCCCUAUUGUUCAGUACACGAUUGUGAUGUUAUUCGUGACCAGUCUCCAUAAUAAUACAUUACUUUAGCACAUGACCGUAUUAUUUUCCUAUAUGUUGCCUGUAUCAUUGUUAUUGCAAAAACACCUCAGAGCAGUCUUUAAACACAAAAUUAUUGAUUCAGAUUUAAAUGAGCAAAUCCAUCAUAAUUCUCUCAUAAAAGAAACAGCAGCGCCCCCCAGGGUUCAGCCGUUCAGGUGGCUCUUUUUUCUCCUCUUUGUUCAGAUCCCAGCAGUGAAGGAGGCGCCCCCUUCUGGUGGCAGUAUAUCCUACCAUUGUGAUUUCGCAAACUGCAGUGGGAAGGAGCUAGUGCCGGUUGUGUGUGCACACUGUCAGAAGCACUUUUGCCUUGCGCAUCGACAUCAAGAUGACCACAAAUGUGUGAGGCUAGAAACAUCUGGGCCACGUAUGGCAGCUACCCAGGAACUUGUGAAAAAAAUUGUAGAGUCAAAGGCAGCAUCGUCCACCAGCAAAGGACGGAAGGGCGCGAAGAACAGCGCCACGGCGGCCAAGGUGGCACUCAUGAAGCUGAAGCUCCAUGCUGUUGGGGACAAGGGGCUGCCACAGACAGAAAGAACGUACUUCCAAGUCUUUCUGCCCAAAGGCUCCAGGGAGACCAGCUCACCCAUGUUCUUCUGCUCUAAGUGGACCGUGGGGAGAGUGGUGGACUUUGCAGCCUUGCAAGCAGGCCUGAAGAACAACAACAACGUGGUGGCAGCCAAGGUGAUACACGACUAUCCUGGUUUCAGGUCGCCUUCUCCCGGUCUGUGUGCAGAGCCUUAAGUUAAUGGAACCACGCCCACUGGGUUCUCUCACUCAUAUGCACUAAUUUAAUGGAACCACGCCCACUGGGUUCUCUCACUCAUAUGCACAUAAAGGCACAUCUACAAGCAAAGAUGUCAGAGUACAGCGAUAGCUCGGUGAGUUAGGAUGCCGUCCCUCAUCAGAAUGUUCCCACAGGGAUGCUGGCUCACAUUGACUCCAUUGGCUUCCACGGUCGCGUUCAGUUGGGUGUGUGUUGAACAGCUUGUUCCAGAUAGGCGUGCAGAAACCAGCUGACAUGAUGUUUGACUUUAUUUGACAUUGACCAGGUCUGCCCGUUUCCAGAACGUAGCAGAUGCCACCGAUGGUUUGUACCCUCCUUGCAUGUAUCAUGUCACUUUCAUCUGAAUUCGUCCUGCCU